AUGGGGCAAGGUAGUGGCAAGAGAGCUGCGGGGCCCCUGGACCUCAUCCAUAUCGACCUAAUCAUUGAUUCAUCCUAUGUGACAGAGUACACAUACAUAUUAGUGCUGGUCGAUGACUAUAGCAAGUAUGUGCAUGUACAGCCACUACUAUGGAAGAGUCACACAUUUGUGCAGCUCAAGAGAAUCAUCUUAUUCCUAGAAACACAGAUGGACAGAACAUUGAAAGCAAUUCAAUCUGAUCAAGGGACUGAAUGGAGGAACAACAAAGCACUGGAAUGGACACUCGGGAAAGGGAUAGAAUGGCAGACCACUGUGGGGAGCUUAGGCGAGAAGAUGCAGACAUUAUUGAUACAGAGAAAUCUACCAAAGAGUUUUUGGCCAUAUGUGAUCUGGGCAGCAGCAUUCAAGAUGAACCUGACCCCUAACAUUGACAGAGAGUUCCCCUAUCAGCUGAUGUUCAGAAAGUCGCUGGAACAUUUCAUAUGCCUCAUGCAUGUGUUUGGAUGUUUGGCUUGGGUGAAUGUCCCAAAAGCCAAGAGACACAACAAGAAAUUGGAUCAGAGAGCAGUCCCGGCUAUAUUCAUAGGAUACAGCUUGGAGAGAAAGGGAUGGCUGUUCUACAGUCCUGAAUACAAAUGGAAGCCAGUGAACAUUCAAUUGCCUCCAGUCCCAAACAAUGAGGAGGAUCUAGCUAACCUGGGGUACAUGGAGGAGGACCUCUUCGACAAGGGUGAUCAAGACCCCUUGAAUGAGUACAUGAGCAUGGAGACAACCUUGAGAGAAGGGAAACACAAGGAGCUGAGGUACAAAGCACAAACUUCCUUUGGGCUAGUGAUGACAGGGCUUAAGAAGGAGAAAAGGAAUCUCAAUCCAACUGUUCGGGAAGCACUGGCUGGAGAGGACAAGAGGUUCUGGGAGGUGUCAGGGGUCUCGCGCCUGAAACCCAGCAAUGCUUCGGUUAUGAUGACACCAAGGUCUGGUGUGAGUGUUGAUGAUGAUGAGGUUGAUGACAUUGGUGUUAAGGUAAGGUUGAUGAAUGUUGAUGAUAACGAGGUUGAUGGUGUUGGUGAUAAAGUUGGUGGCAUCAACACGAGUGUCCAUGAUCCUGGACCGCAGUGGACUACUGCCUUCGGUUCUAUCUAUAUCCGGACUGCUAACCUGCUAUGGGCGCCUUCGGACGUCAGGUAG